ACUCAAGUGCAUGACCGUCUUAGUUAACAAUGUUGGUGAUGAUUUCGUUCAAUAUUUGUCCAAAUUCAGUGAAAGUGGGGAUCCUUUCAACGCAAAGGAUACUUUCACAAACUUUACUUUGGAUACAAUAGCCUCAUGUGGCUUCGGAUUUGAGGCCCGGAGCUUGACGAACACCGAAAGUCAAUUCAGAAGCAUGGUAACCAAAUCGACAGAUGUUAACCACGUUCGCCAAUUUGGCCAAUACGUCAUCAUGGCCCUUUUUCCAUCUUUGUCCAAGUUGAUGAAUGUUGAGCUUGAUCUAUUUAAUAGAGAGGCGGGAAACUUUGUCUUGGACGUUUUAGGUCAAUGCAUAAAAGAGCGGAGAAAUUCAAAGGUCCGAAGGAACGUGUCAUAA